UAAAAAUAAAAUGAUGAGGAAGAAGAAAAAAUAAAAGCAACUAGUUGUGGCUAGCUAUCAAUUCUAGAGCAGUAGUGGACCAAUUUAGUCAGCACGUGUUUUUUCUGUGUAAUUUUAUUUUUAGAUUCUUCUUUUUUUCUUCUUCAUUUUAAUGUUCCAUCAAUUUGUAUUCUCUGAUUGCAUGGAGCUCAUAAAAACUCUUCUCAAUCUUAUCUGAUAUUGAACUUGCUACUACUUUCUUCUUUCUCAACUACUUUUAAUAAGAAUAUUUCUUCUUAUCUUAUUAGUUUCCAUUUCUUGAUUUCUAGUUUUUUAUUCUACAAAUCUUUGAAAGUGAAAAAAAAAAAAAUGGAUUCAAGAAUGGAGAUAGAUUUCUUAGACCUCAACAGCAGACCCCAAUUAUCAGAAAUGGCGAAGCAACACACCAAAGCUUCUGGAAUGAAGUGGCCAUUUUCAUGUAUGGCUGAGUUAGCUACUCAACCUGAAAACACAUUCUUUCAGAAUUAUAACUCCAGCCCAAUAGUUUCCAGUAAUUCAAAAUUUUCAUCCCAAUACUAUGGAGGGGCUUUUCCUUUAGCAACAAAAUAUAGCACUUCAGAUUCCAGGAAAGCUUAUGACCGCUUGAGGCAAAAUGAGACAACAUUGACCAUAUUCUACAUGGGUGAGGUCCAUAUUUUCCAGGAUAUAUCACCAGAAAAGGCUGAGCUAAUAAUUGACAUUGCUAAUAAAUCCACCAAUCUCCACAUGAGUGAGAUUUUAGAAAAAGUGAAAACCGAAGAAAAUAAAUCUGAGCCUUCAAAUGCAUCCAUAAAGCAUGCUAAAGGAGCACUGGCAUUGGCUCGUAGAGCAACCCUUGCCCGAUUUUUGGAGAAGAGAAAGCAUCGAUUGAUCAAAGCAAGACCCUACCAAUAUGGUGAAAAAAUACCAAAGUUUCCUUUUGAAAUGCACCAAGAAGAAGAAACGGCGUCAUCAAGUGUUCAUUGGGAAAGCUAAUUCAAGACAAAUGCAUUGUUUUGAAUUCUUAUUCUUUUAGCUAUAUUGAAAAAAUUAUUGUUCUAAUGUUCGUAGGACUAUAGAAAAAUUAUAAUGUUUUAUAUACAGGUUCCUGUAAGUCAUGUUGUGUUUAGUUAUAUAUAUGUAGAUCCAAUAUUUUUACUUGAUGAGUUUGAUCUUUAAUAUUCUUA